UGUCCUGGCUGUGAUGAUCCUCGUAGUGGUCAUAGCCCUGUAUGUGACACUCAGGGCAGGCAGCCAACAGGACUCCACAGCAUUGACCUCCCCCAGCCAAAAUGUCUCAACACCACUGUCCCCCACCAGCCAAGAGGACUCAACAAAGUCACCCCCCAGCCAUGGAGAGGCUCCAGGCAAAAGCUGCUGUUCCACAACACGAGUUGCUGUCCUGGUUACUGAGAUAAUCCUGCUCCUCCUCACUGCUGUGUUUCAGAUGCUCCCAUGUAGAAGGCCUUGUUCCAGAGCACACAUUGCUGUGCUGGUUGUUGUCCUGGUUCUGGCUGUGCUGGCCCUCACUCUGUCUUGGACAGUCCCAGAUGUUCCAACUGCAGGCAGCCAAAAUGGCUCAAAAACAUGGCCCUCCACCAGCCAAAAUGUCUCAACACCGUGGUACCCCACCAGUCAACAGGACACAACACCAAUGACCCCCACGAGCCAAGAGGGCUCAACAAAGUCACACCCCAGCCAUGGAGAGGCACCAGAGAAGAAAGAAAAGGACUGGAAUUCCUCCCGUGCAGAAUGCGCUGCCAUGGGCUCAGACCUGGUGAUCAUUGAGAGCAAGGAAGAGCUGAGUUACCUUCGCACACAAUCACGAUAUAGGUACUACUUACUUGGUCUCAGAUACUCUCCAGAGGAGCAGAAGUGGAAGUGGAUCAACAACGUGGAGCAUGACCCAGCCAUGUGA